UCUCAAACCACAUCCAACCGUCCACCCUCACCCGUACGCCACUCCCCCUGCUCUAUCACACAUCCGAUUAUUUUUAUUUUCAUUUUUAACAAUCAGGGUUGUACAAUAUACCCUGCGUAUCUUAGCACCAUCCCACACACACUUUGAAAAUAAAUAGCGGGCAGUAGCGGUUAGGGUUUUGGUUCUUCGUGUUCUUCGUGUUCUUCAAGCUUCUGCAACUGUGUCGGUGGCGGAGAGAGAGAAAAUAAUGGCGAAUCCGAGAUGUUAUUUGGAUAUUAGCAUUGGAGGAGAGCUUGAAGGAAGGUUAGUUGUGGAACUAUAUAAAGAUAUUGUUCCGAAAACCGCUGAGAAUUUUAGGGCUCUAUGUACUGGUGAGAAGGGGAUUGGACCUAACACUGGUGUUCCUCUUCAUUUGAAGGGUUCAUGCUUUCAUCGUGUUAUUAAAGGCUUUAUGAUCCAAGGUGGUGACAUAUCCGCUCGAAAUGGCACUGGGGGAGAAUCAAUCUAUGGCUUGAAGUUUGAAGAUGAGAAUUUUGAAUUGAAGCAUGAAAGAAAAGGGAUGCUAUCCAUGGCUAAUUCUGGUCCUAACACUAAUGGCUCUCAAUUUUUCAUCACAACUACUCGCACUCCUCAUCUAGAUGGGAAACAUGUUGUUUUCGGGAGGGUUAUCAAAGGAAUGGGAAUAGUUCGUUCAGUGGAGCAUACUACUACUGGAGAAAAUGAUGUACCUACUUUAGAUGUUAUUAUCGAAGAUUGUGGGGAAAUUCCUGAAGGAGCAGAUGAUGGAGUGUGUGACUUUUUCAAGGACGGUGACACUUAUCCUGAUUGGCCACUUGAUCUUGAUAGUAAGCCAGAGGAUGUUUCUUGGUGGAUGAAUGCUGUUGAUGCCAUUAAAAUUAUGGGGAAUGAACAGUUCAAGAAACAAGAUUACAAAAGUGCUCUUAGAAAGUAUCGCAAGGCUCUCCGAUACUUGGAUAUCUGCUGGGAGAAGGAAGAUAUUGAUGAAGGAAAAACGGAUUCUCUAAGGAAAACAAAGUCUCAAAUAUUUACCAACAGCUCUGCUUGCAAGUUGAAAUUGGGAGAUCUGAAAGGAGCAUUAUUGGAUGCGGACUUUGCACUUCGUGAGAUAGAUGAUAAUGUGAAAGCUCUAUAUCGUCAAGGACAGGCAAGCAUGGCUCUCAAUGACAUAGAUUCUGCAGUUGAAAGUUUCAAGAAAGCACUGGUCUUGGAACCUAAUGAUGCUGGUAUAAAGAAGGAGCUAGCUGCUGCAAAGAAAAAGAUUGCUGAUAGACGUCAACAAGAAAAGAAGGCGUUUGCAAAAAUGUUUCAGUAGAUUACAAAUAUUAAAGAUUACAUAUUUGCACCUGGUAGGUUACUUGAACCUCAAGUUAGCAUGUUCUACUCAGAUACGUCAGGUAUAGAUUCAAAACAACCCAUGUGAGGUUUGUUAGUGCUUCGAAACAGUUUUGCAAUCUAUUGGUCUGUUUCUUUUUGUCUAGGCUUUGAAUUUUGUUCUGAAACUCUUCGACAUUUGAAUCGAAUAGACUAGACGUUCAUUAAAACAUGAAUUUCAUACUCUGUACAAGUUAUUUUGAAACUCUGUAUUUGGUUUUUUCUGAUUCCGCAAUCAUGUGCUUCUUGAA